AUGUCGGCCCCUACCCAAGACAUGCCUCCCUCGGGAGGUUACAGCCAAGUCAGAUACCGUCGUUACUUGCCAAAGCGUGGUCCUUCUGGUGCUGUCAUCAUUGCUGGUGUCGCUGCAUUCUGUACAUUUGGUUUCUAUCGCGUUGCUCAAGGCAAUUUGGAAAGAAGAGAAUUGAAGCGUGAAAACUUGUGGUCUCGUAUCCACCUUAUUCCCUUGUUGACCGCUGAAUCCGAUCGUGACAUGUUUCGUCGUACCGUGGCAGCCAAGGAUCGUGAGGCAGAGAUCAUGAAGGAUGUCAAGGACUGGAAGGCUGGUGAAUCAGUUUACAACAAUACGAAAUACUUCACCCCACCUUCGUACGUGAUUGUUCCCGAAGACAACUAG